AUGGCUGAGACAAUAUAUUCGGAUGUUGUUGGACGGCAAAAUUUGUCUGGAGCAGCUAACUACUGGUCAAUGGUUAUGGAGCUACGUCCCUAUCUAUUCCAGUGUGGUUCUGCCAUCUUUCAAGAAGUACCAGACUCAGCACUAUUCCGGCUUCCAGCCUUUGCUCAACAAGACGUCCAGAAUUGGAUGAAGCACCAGUUUCCAAGCGAUUUUUCUGUGUUGAAAGCGAAUGCAGGAAGUAGGGUUGAUCUCCAGCGGAUCCAGAAUCAGCUUCUUCAACUUGCCCUUGAAGAAACUCAAUCUUUACUUGCAUCACAAAGUUUUCAAUUAGCUGAAGUUGCUAGAAGAUAG